CCCUGAAGGGGUUGACGAUCCAUCCUAGCCCAUGGGAAUGUCCAUUUGCCAAGGUGAAGAUGGAAGCGAUAGAGGAGUCAGAAAAUUUACAUGAGUGGCGUGACUUUGACGACGACGAGUCCUUUGCUUCGGACAGCGGGGAAAGCCUAGAGGCUGUCUCGCUGGCGCCCAAGACGAGGAUCGAGGCUGGCUUCCGUGGCGCAAAUGGCAUUUUCAUUGACUUUGUGAGUCGAAAGACCAGGAGUCGACACCCUCUGCUGGUGAUGCUCAUAGGCGAUGCCAAGUCGCGACAAAACAUGGCACGGCGCGCCUCGCAGAGCGAAGCGGGGCUGAAGAUGCUGAAGAGCUACAAGGAUGCGCGUGCCUUGAUCAACUUCGAGAGCCUCGAAUGGAAGUUGCAGGAUUUGCUGACCACUUUCUGGAAAAAGUUGAAGCACCCUGCGUGGGUCACACGUCCGGAGAUCCUGCAAGAACUGUCGCGGCGGAUCCAUAUGCAUCACAACAUGGAGCGCUGUGUCGAAGCGGAACUUGAGGACUACAUCCUUCACUUGGAAAAGGCCAAGUCUGAUGCCUUGCAACAAGCCAUGGUGGCGAAACAUGAGGAUGUGGAUAGCAGCGACGAACCCCUGCGCCGAAUCCAUGGAUUUUGGCAGACCUUUCACCGUGGGACGCGGAAGGGUGAUCCACGGCCUGUCACACCAGCAAAGACUGAGUUAUAUCUUCCAGCUCUCAACGGAAGCGGUUGGAUCCAACCCAGACGAGACAAGGCCCGGCAUAGCCACGCGCCUGAGCUGAAGGAACUUUCAGACGGCCCUAAGACCAUGUCCAUGGUGAAGUCUGCUCCAGAGCUACGAGGGAAGAAAUCCCAAAGCCCCAAACGGGGCAAGGUGCCAUUGAUGACGGCUGGAGCCUUACAGGACGCAGCCACUGUUGACCGGGACCAGGAUCGAUUUACUCCUCCUACAUCAAUGCGCGGCAAAAACCAAGCAGAUCGCAAGAUGUGGUGGUACCAGUCUGGCUUGGAGGAGCAUCGCUUGUCCAUUGCCAGAACCGAAGAGUUGGUCGCCUCCCGCGGACCACACCUUCCACAGCUGGUGCAUCCGCUGGACCACGACCAGCGCGACCGGCGACCUGGGCGGCUGGGAGCAGUCACGGCACACUUUGGGUCAUGUCCAAGGAUAGAGGAGGAUGCCAGACGCCGGCGCUCCAAGAAUGAUGGACAUUUGCCGCCCAUUGAGCAUGCUGUGGUGCCUAUCUACAGUGACUCUGGCAUUUGCAACGAUUUGGGGGAAGACUUUGCGUCCCCAACGAAGCAAUACAUCUACGCCUGCCAAAGGGAGCAGGUGGUGCCCAUCCCCAGCAGCUUUGUGACGGGCCAUUCCAAGAAGGUGGAUGUCGGUGGCAAGGCCCUGGUGGACUCCGACCUGCUGACGCUCUCCGCGGUGGGACGCUCCACGGGGGCCCAGGAGGUGGACCUCAGCGGCGGCAAAUUGCUGUCGGACCUGGCCUUGGGCACAUUCUUUCAGGAAGUCCUGCUGGCGCCACAAAACCUCGGCACCCUGGAGCGGCUCAGCUUGAAGGACUGCACGCAGUGCUCGCGCAUGUCGCAGGCAGCACUGGUGAAGCUGUUGCAAGGCGAAGCCGGAGCCCAACUGCGCUUUCUGGACCUCAGUGGAAUUUGUUUGUCCAUGCGGCAGCUGGAUCCUUUCUGCGAAGCAGUGGAGAAGCACCGCAGCCUCCAAACCCUGAAGCUCUGCAACUCUGGGCUGCGCAGCGCCAUGGAUGUGAAGCGUUGCUUGCAACGCUUGGUGCACAGCAACGGCGGCAUUGCGGUGUUGGACCUUGGAUGGAAUUGCUUCACCGAUGAUGAGCUGAAGUUUCUCGGGGAGCUGGUGUCCAACAACAGCAACUUGAGGCAGUUAGGCCUGGCAAACUGUGCAGCGAGUUCGCAAAAGAAUCAGAGUAUCUCACCCUGUGUCUACUUUAUCGAGCAACUGGUGCAUGGGGUGUCCUUAGAAAGCCUGGAUAUCGCCAUGAAUCGCAUUGACUUUCGUGGCGCCUUGGUCGUUGAAGAUGCACUCGAACAAAGCCGGCGGCUGACCACGCUGAGCGUAGCCCAUAAUCCCCUGGGGGUUAUGGGCCUGCGUAGUUUGCUUCGCCUGCUAGCGCGGGAGAAGUCGGGAUUGGUUUCCAUCGACAUGGAAAACACCUUCAGUGGUGAACUGAUGCCUUCAGUGGAGGGCAUUCAGGUCUUCACGUACACAGAUCCUGGUGGAAGCUACUCUUUACAUUUGGACAGGCCGUAUCAUCGCAGUUUGUUGCGCAUUUUGUAUAAGGUUGGACAAAACUUACAACUGAAGCCCGGGGACACCUGCUACGACAUUUCCUAUGACUCUGGCAGUUUCACGUUGCCAUCACAGACAGGUCCCAGUGGCGUUUGGCCCGUGCCCAACUCAGGGCGACUGGGUUUGAGUUUCAGCAUUGAGAAAGCCAUCCAGAGAGCAGUGAAAGGAGUGCCAGAGGACAACUUUGCAGAAGUCCUUUCUAGGUACAACGAAGUGAUGCGCUUCACGCCCCAUUUUCGAAAGCUCAUUCCCCUAUUGGCUCAGUGGAGACUGUUGGAGGGCCAUGAACAGGAGCAGCUGGCAAUGCUCUCAGCCCUCGGACGGGACUUCGUGUUUACAGCCACGCACCUGAGACAACUCUGCAGUAGGGCCAUGGUAGGCACCACUGUGGCGCGGCUCCUUCCUACCCUGGUCGGUGGCAAGUUUUCAAUGAACAUGGCCAUGCGAAAGGUGGAAAAUGUCAGUGAGUUCAUCAAGAUGCUGACGUUGUGCAAGGAGUACAUGCUCUUCAACCCGCACAGCCCCACGGGGCACUACAAGUUGGACCUCAGCAACACGGGCUCCGCCUACGUGGCCCAAGCGUUAGCCUUGUUGGAUCGCUGGGAGUCGGGCUUGGCCAAGCGCAAGGACUUGGUGGAUAUCUCGGAGAAUGGGGAUUACUCUUGCGUUCGGAAUUGCAGAUAUGCCCAGGAGCCACUGCUGGGGCCGGGCUCACACACAGGGCUCCAAAGCUUUGAUCAGUGGGUGAUCCCCGAGAAGGAGAUCCUGGAGCUGGACUAUGUGACCAAUCAACGGCCGGAUUGCCAUGGGACGGUUUUGGAUGAUGCCGCUUUCAAGCAGUUCCUGAUCAUUCUGCAGCAAGCCGAAUGCGAUGGCACCACUCAGAUCAAGGUGACACGAAAUCUCGCUCAUUAUCUCAACCUCACCUCCAUGCAGAUGCGUCAGCUGCUUGGGGUUUAUCAAUACUCCGAGCUCAGGGAAGAAGCGUUGAUCACGACCUUUUUCCGUAUCAUCGAUAUCCAUAAUGAGAAGAUCUUCCGCGUCCGAUAUGAAGAGCAAUCAGAGCUUGACAAACUCCGUGCGAGGCUGGGAUAUUGCACCUUUUUCGCUUAUAUUCAGCCAGAACAAGUCACUUACGACUUUGACUUUGCCAAGUAUGACCAGCGGCUGGCUGCGAACGUUUUUUUUGGCCUAGCCAACGCGGAGAAGCGAGACAACAUUUCGAAUUUCCGGUACACCCAUCCUGAUGGGACCAUCGACAAGUUGGAACAGGGAGUUCCGCGCAGUUGGGAUACCUUUACACGAAUGCCUAAGGAGGGCACCUUUCAUUUUACCUACAAGUGUUCGCCCCAAGACCGGAAGUUCGCCUUGCGCAAGAGCUUGUUGCAUCAGUACGGCAAGUGGAAGGUGGACGUCAACGAAGACCAGGUGACCUGGUGGGCGGCAGCCAAUGAGGCGCCCGAAGAUGUCCUGGAGUUCUUGUUUUGGAUGACGCCUGGCGACAAAAAGGGAGACUUCCAUAUCCUUGGGAGAGCAAAGUUCAAGGAUACGCGUAAAGCCUUUGAAGCCUUUGAUGGUCCAGAUGGCAAUGGUGUUCUGGGCUUGAGGGAGUUUGAGGAGGGCAUGAGGCAGCUGAAGUGCAAGAAGUUCAAAGGAAAGGAUGAGAAGCAGCGCUGGACGGCCAUUUUUCGCUUUUUGGAUCCCAGUGGGGAAGGCCAGGUGUCCAAAGAUGAGUUCUUGACCUUGGACACGUUCUGGGCGGAAGUCGAGUUCUCGAUUUUCGAGUUUAUGGAUUGGGCGAGCCGAACCUUUGGCAAAGAUCCCCUGAAGAAAUUGUGGCGAGCCUUAGAUGAGGACGGUGGGGGAAGCAUUCAGCGUGACGAGUGUGAGACUUCCUUAGACAAAGUGGGAUAUUUUGGCCCAUCAGGACCAAUCUUCAGUUUUAUAGACGAUGAUGAUGGCGGAGAAAUCUCCUGGAAUGAAUUCCAGAUGUUAAAGGGCUUUCAGCCAUCUGAUCGUACUUGA